AGCUUCUCUCUUUCUUUCUCUGUCUUUAGGUUCUGAACAAAAUUAUUUCUAAUGAUUAUUUUUCUCCAUUAGGGGACCCCCCUUUUCUCUUUCCGACGACGGGACGAAGAAGAAGAAGACGACGACGCAGCAGCAGCAAGAAACAAACCCACUUAAGCUUGUUACUGCUGUUUUAAGACAGAUAAAUCAAGAUGGGAUCGCACCAGAUUCCCUCCAAUUAACAAACCCACUUGUACGAUUCAUCUCUCUUUACUUUCACAUCUCAAGAUCCCUUCUUCUUCUUAUCAGAGGGUUUCUUUUGAAGGGCACAUGAACUGAUAAGGAAUUUGAAAGCUCUACUCGACUUGGGUAUUUAGCUGUUCCUAUCUAAAGGGGAGUCUGUCUGAUGGGUUCGAGGUUUCCUUCCCACCAGCUUAGCAAUGGACUAUACGUAUCAGGGAGACCGGAGCAGCCAAAAGAAAGAACUCCAACAUUGGGAUCUUCUGCUAUGCCCUAUACUGGUGGUGACAUUAAGAAAUCUGGAGAGCUUGGGAAAAUGUUUGAUAUACCAACAGAUGGAUCUAAAUCUAGAAAGUCUGGACCCAUAGCUGGUCCUCCAUCUAGAACUGGAUCUUUUGCUGGUGCUGCUUCACAUUCUGGACCAAUUAAUGCUGCUGCUAGGUCUAGCUAUUCCACAUCAGGCCCUGUAACUUCUGCCGGACUUUCUGGUGGAGCUUCUGUGAAGAAGUCCAAUUCCGGUCCUUUGAAUAAACACGGAGAACCCAUGAAGAAGUCGUCUGGACCUCAAUCUGGAGGUGUUACUCCAGUUACCCGACAAAAUUCGGGUCCUAUACCUCCGGUUUUACCUACAACAGGGCUGAUUACUUCUGGUCCUAUUUCGUCUGGGCCUUUGAAUUCUUCUGGGGCUCCUAGAAAAUAUUCAGGUCCUCUAGAGUCGAUGGGAUCUAUAAAAUUACAUAGCUCUUUGGCUCAUAACCAGGCUGUAACAACCCUUAAUGAAGAUGAUGAUUAUUCGUUUAGGAGGAACUUCCCAAAGCCGAUUCUUUGGGCGAUGAUUUUGCUAUUUGUGAUGGGGUUCAUUGCAGGAGGAUUCAUUCUUGGAGCUGUUCAAAAUGCCAUUCUCCUAAUUGUUGUUGUCGUUCUGUUUGCUAUGGUUGCAGCAUUGUUCACAUGGAAUACUUAUUGGGGAAGGAAUGCUAUUAUUGGAUUUAUUGCCAGUUAUCCAGAUGCUGAGCUUCGAACUGCCAAAAAUGGCCAAUAUGUCAAGGUUUCUGGGGUUGUGACAUGUGGGAAUGUGCCAUUGGAAUCAUCCUUUCAAAAAGUUCCUAGAUGUGUUUACACAUCGACAACUCUGUUUGAGUAUCGUGGAUGUGACUCAAAAACCGCCAACCCUACACACCGUCGGUUCACUUGGGGGCUGAGAUCAUCAGAAAGACAUGUGGUUGAUUUUUACAUCUCUGAUUUCCAAUCUGGCUUAAGAGCAUUAGUUAAGACUGGCUGCAGUUCUAGGGUGACUCCUUAUGUCGAGGAAUCUAUCAUUGUUGAUGUCAACCCUUCAAACAAAGAUCUUUCUCCCGAAUUCUUGAGAUGGUUAUCUGAAAGGAAUCUUUCAAGCGACGAAAGAAUAAUGCGACUGAAAGAAGGGUAUAUAAAAGAAGGAAGCACAGUUAGUGUAAUGGGGGUUGUACAAAGGAAUGAUAAUGUGCUGAUGAUUGUUCCUCCUCAAGAGGCUUUCACAACGGGUUGCCAAUGGGCAAAAUGCAUACUUCCGGCUAGUCUGGAAGGUAUCAUUUUGAGGUGCGAAGACGCAUCAAAGAUCGAUGUCAUACCCGUCUAGUAUAAUAACAAUAAUAGUAUGAAACUGAGCUUCUGCUUUAUUUUUCCUUCCACACCGCCACUUGUUGAGAGAAGAAGAUGAAGAAGAAGAUAUAAUUUGACAGACAAGAAGAAAAUAUAUUCACAGGAAAUGAGAGUCGACUUAGCAGUGGUGCAACUAUUUGUUGGCUUGUAUUUUAUUCUGUUAUUAUUUGUUUUGUGUAUAGAGAGUAGUAGUUUACUUCUUUUAUUGGUGGUGGUGGUCUUGAAAUAGUAGUGUUUUUUUACGGUUGGGGGGUUCGUCGAUGGUACUGAAGCGAGGUCAAAUUUAUAGUGUAUGGAAAUGUUGGGUGGUGUAUUGAGAUUUUUUUGGUAACGACUGAUCGCAGAGCUAUCUCCUAUGAAAAGUAUAAUAG